AUGGCACCCUCGACUUCCCGGCAGUGGUCACUCAAGACCAGGCCGAAGGGUGUGCCGACAAUGACUGGAGAAGAUGCCACGUUCGCGAUGGAGACUACAUCAUUACCUCAGCUCACGGAAGGCCAAGUGCUUGUCAAGACAUUGUACCUCUCCAACGAUCCCGCCCAGCGCGGUUGGAUCGAUGAGCACAAGAAUCCGGACCGAUUCUACAUCACGCCGCUGGCAGUGUUGGCGCCCAUGCAAUCGAACGGUCUGGGCGAGGUGAUCGAAUCGACAGCUGAGUCACUCCCCGUCGGCACAAUGGUUCAGGCAUAUCUCGGAUGGCGUGAAUAUGUAGUGUUGGACGCCAAGGACUGCAUACCUAGAAACGCGACCUCAGGGACAUCCCCGACGAGCUUCCUCGGGGCGCUGGGCGGCAAUGGCCUGACAGCUUACUACGGCCUAAAGAUCGUCGGUGAGGUCAAGCCGGGCCAGAGAGUCGUCGUCAGUGGAGCGGCCGGUGCGACGGGGAGCAUGGCGGUGCAGAUCGCGAAACAUAUCCUCGGAGCCGGCCAAGUUAUUGGUAUUGCCGGGUCUGACGAAAAGUGUCGCUGGGUCGAGGGACUUGGAGCUGACCAAUGUCUGAAUUACAAGCAAGCUGGCUUCUAUGAAGAGCUUAUCAAAGCCACGGAUGGGUACGUGGACGUGUUUUUCGAUAAUGUCGCCGGCGAGAUUAUGGACUUCAUGCUCACCCGGCUGAAACGGCACGGCGUCGUCGUCGCUUGCGGUGGCGUGGCAGGCUACAACUCGAAAGAGGCUCCGCAUCUGACCAAUUAUAUGGAUAUCAUCCACAUGAGACUGUCCCUUCGAGGCUUCAUGGUGAUGGAUUAUUAUCACAAACUGCAAGGGGUGACGGAAAUACUGCUUGCGGCGGUCAAAGCGGGCAAAAUCCGAAUCGACACUAAUGAGGAUAUUGUCAAGGCCCCUUUUGAAGAUAUCCCGAAAGUCUGGCUGAGGCUGUUUGAUGGUGGAAACACGGGAAAGCUGCUUACCCAGUUAGUGUGA